GUAAUGCAGGACGGCAAAGGAGCAGAAGAACAGGCCGAGGCUUCUCGCCUGGAGCUUUAUGAGGAUUAUUUGAAGUGUUACAGUGACUGGUGUCCUGGGGAUCAGCCGUGCCAUGAUGUACAGCUGCGGAAGAAGGUUGCUCAAUAUCUGCUCAGGGAACCGACGCCUCCAGGUACUUUCACUGUGUUCCCGUUCUACCAGGCUGUGGCCGAGGCGUGUGACCCUGUUAGCACCGACUGCAGGACACACCUGACGGCCUUCAUCAGAGCCACCGAGCUACUGGAAACCCUAUGUGUCAACCUGUUCCUGCAACCAUGGAGGAAGGAAUUCAAGACACUGAAGACUUUCACUGGUCCGUUUGUUUACUGUCUUCUACCAGUUCUCAGCAGUUCUACCAUUCAGUCAGUACUGGCUUCUAUAGGCUACCUGCCUCACUCUGACAGCCCACAAAGUGAGUUCAGACUCUGUGAGGAUGCUAACCCAGGCAGAGCCAUACUGGUGGGCUUUGAACUUCUGCUGGCCCGGUUGGAGUGUUACCACCUCCUGGAGGUCCUGGAUAAGGAUCAGCUAGGACCAAAGGAGUGGCUGGAGGUUCUCCAGAGGAGAGCUGGGCCUACCAAAGUGGAAGAAACCCCAGGGAAGGAGAGAAAAAUGGGGCCAAAGGAGGAGGAGAAGGAGAAAGAUAAAGGAGACAGAAAAGAGGUACUUCUGUAUUCAGUCCCCGGGCCUGGAGCGAGAGACAGGUGCAUUCCUCCACGCAUUCCCAUUGCAGACCAGUUCAUUAUGGAGAUGCAGAGAACUUACCCUGACCUGGCCUUCAGAGGCCGUCCUCUGGUACCAGACAAACCUCACCGAGCAAAAAGGAUCCGAGGCAGCAGUAAAGAUAGUGAUACUGCCAGUGGUCAUUACAGCGAUAACAAUAAGGCCUCUGAGAUCCCCAAAAGACAGGGUAUCAAAGACAUCAGAGCUACUUCUAAAAUGAUCUGCAGUAAAAUUGAUGGAAGCAAAGCUGAUAACAUGUUGGGUGAUGAAGGCAGAAGUAGUGGUUUUAAUGAUCAUCGCAGCAGCUGCAGAGACACUGAUGGAAACAGAGUGGAUGUUGAGCUCAGUGGGCCUCAAGCCAUUUCCCUUCAAAUGGGCCUGAAGCCUGGAUUGAGUCCUCCCACAGUAGAUCCCUCAGCAGCAGGCAUACCAAAAAAGAGACUGUCUAGACCAGCUCUUCCCACUCUGAGCUCUAUGGACGAGGAGCGGGAGCUGAGGGGGCUGGCAGAGAGGAUGAAGCACCAGCUCCAUGUCCAGGAAACCAGCGAGGAGGUGAUUAGAAAAGAAGAAAACAAGAGAGGAGAGAACACAAAUAAAGAAAGGAGGGAGAAUGAAAGAAAGAUCAGCACGAAUGGAGAGGUAGAGGAGCAGAACCUCAUGAAACCAGUGGUGGAGACAGGUCCAGCACUGAGCUAUGAUGCAGGUGGAGGCAGCACAGAAGGACAAGAAAAAGAAAUAGAAGAAGUAGAAUUCAGUGAAGGAGAGGAGGAGCAGCUGGCUCAGAACUUUGUUUUUGUCUAGGAGUGAGAAAAGGUAAUAACCGCUCAAGAACAAUUUACAUAUUUGUUUUUUUUACAAAAAUCUGCUCUGCCAACUCUCAGGACUUUCCUCAGCUGCUCUUCAAUCCUUUAAAUGUACAUUGUUAUUUUGUUGAUGUGCUCUGUCACACGUGACACCUAUUGCACUUCUGUGCAUACUCGGAGAGGGAUCCCACACAUGCUUCUCUCUGAUGCGUUUGUUCUCCUGAUAAAAUGGUUUCUGGUAGUUUUUCCUUACUCUUGUUGAGGUUUAAGAACAGAUAAUCUUGCCCCUUGUAAAGCCCUAUGAGACAAAUUGUGAUUUGUGAAUAUGGGCUAUAAAAAUAAAACUUGAUUGAUUGAU